AGAUCGCGAGAUACCAACACGCAUCACAAAUUCGACAUCCAAGAUGCGACGAAACUUUUAAGUGAUAAACCGGAGUGAAGUUUGAAGUGUUUUUACAACUAUUAUAGAUAUAAUAUCUACUUAGUUGAUUAAAUUAACAAGUUGUUUGCCUAUUUACAUGACAAGAUUGUAUAAUUUAAUAUAAGCAGGUAAAACCCAACUAACUGGGUGUAUUUACCAAGUAUAAGUAAAAAUCAACAAGCUGUUUACGAUUUUUGAUUACAAUUAAGAAUAAUCGAAGGACAUACUGACUCGUAGAAACCGGCUUGGAACGAGAGGAAAUCCCUCACAAUAAAACUUCAAGCAUGAUAAUUUAAAUUUAGUUUAUUUCCAUUCGUAUUUGCGAAAUUUAGCUUUAGAGACAUGUUACAGUUGUGCAUUAUCUUAACUUUACUUUCGUGUGUUCUGUGCAAGAAGUGUAAUACCAGUAUUGAUAUUAGCGAAGGAGUAAGGGACACUGAUGGAGGGAUAUUCUUCGAAGACAGACAUUACGAGGAGAAUGAGCAUUACUUUGAUAAUGAAACGAAUACAGAAAGGGGAUGUAUCUGCUUGAAGACAGCAUGCAUAUUUAAAUGCUGUCCAUUUGGUAUGAAAUAUGACAGUAUUCAGAGACAAUGUGUUACUGACACAGAUGAAUUUAAUCCCAUAGUAUUUGAUGCGUAUAAACGUAUCCUAAAUGAGAAAGCGAAAGAUAUAUUCCAUUUUAAUUUUGGGAGAGCAAAGUGCGAGAACGAUGAAGUUAGUAUCAGGAUCGGAGAACUUACUGCUGUUCAUAAUUUGAGAUUGGAUGGGAAGCUGUAUAUUGAAUUACCAACUUCAAUUCCGCCGUGGGUUGUCCGUGGUCCAGAUAAGUAUUGCAUCGACACUUUUGUCGUGGAAGAUGACAAAGGCAAUGUCAAGACCAGUCUUGAUGCGUUGGUGUGUUUUGCAGACGAACCAGAUAAUGACCGAUACAUGUUAAGCAGCACUUGUAUGUUGAUAUCAUGCGUCUUCAUCAUUGCCACAGUGGCGGUCUACUGUUGGCUGCCAGAACUCCGCAAUCUUCACGGCAGAGUUCUGAUAGCGUACUUGCUCUGCCUUCUCGUUGGCUUCGUCUUCAUGUCUUCAAUGCAGAUUCUCCUCAAUAUGGAUAACAUUACGCAGAAUGGAUGCCUUGUACUCACAUUCUUCUCAUACUUCUUCCUGUUAUCUGCAUUCUUCUGGCUCAAUGUAAUGUGCUUCGAUAUUUGGUGGACCUUCAGUGGAAAGCGUGGUAUAUCUAUAGAGAGGAUGUCUUUGAGAGCCCGGUUCUGCGCGUAUGCUCUAUACGCGUUCGGUGUACCGACCGCUCUCACCGUACUAUUGGCUGCACUGGAAUUCUCUAAUCUUCCACCACACCCACUCCUGCCUUUGAUAAAAGAACAGGGGUGCUUCUUGUACGGCAAAAGCAAGAUGUUGUACUUUUACGGUCCAAUCCUUGUAUUAUGUGUGGGUAACAUCGUAUUCUUCUGUCUCACGGCUAUGAAGAUAGCGCAAAUAAAGAAGGAGACGUCUGUACUCAAGUCCAGGGAGAGUGCCACACAUGACAGCCAGAGUAGCGAUAGACGAAGGCUCUUCCUAUACGUUAAAUUAUUCAUCGUGAUGGGAAUAAACUGGAUACUGGAAAUAGUCAGUUACUUGUACCCGGAUCUUGAAAUCUUGAAGUUUGUUGAUGCCUAUAAUGUCCUCAUUGGCUUAAUCAUAUUUAUCAUCUUCGUUUGCAAGAAAAAAAUCCUUCGCAUGCUGAAAAAGAGGAUUAAAGAGAGAUUCCAUCGUGCUAACGCUGAAUUCGGAGAUAUAAAUAUGCGAGAAGGAAUGAGAAGGAAUUUCAGAGACUAUAAACAGAGAUCCAGUGUUGAUACUAUAAGAACAGCUGUGGAUAAUGAUCCAAAUAAAGUUGUCACAGCAGGUUUAUAGUCCAAGUACACUAACUAGUAGUUAAAAAUUAAACCCACCGAUUUAACUCGAGUUUGAAGAUCAAGAUACAGACAAAACCGGGGCCAGGCGAUGUCAAGAAGUCAUACAACAAGCUCACGUAUUUCAACCAGAGAUGAGAUCGCUCUUACGACAGUCAAAAACUAAAUAACUAACGGCCGUUCCCAAUAUACUAUCUACAGAUAGAGAUAAAUUACUACUUUCUACUGACAGUAAUUAGCUGUUAAAUAAGUCAUUCUUAUCACCUUAAAUUUGGGACGAGUGAAUUGAAGUUUCCAUAAAUACUUCUAUCGCUGGUAAGCUACGUCGUCCCAUUGACAGACAGCGUGUACGGAUAAGGUGAGCUACCGUCGAUAAGUUUAAGGACAGAAAAGUCAACGAUAGUUACGAUUUCUAUCUCAAGUAAGAGAUAGACUUAAUAUUGGGAACGGCCGUAUUACUGACAUUAUCCAACCCGAGUGACGAGAUAUAGCGAAAUUUACAACAGACUUUUGCGAAAUGGAUUUUAUUUCGAUUAACUGUAUUAAACUAUGUUUUGAUUUUGUACGCAGCAUUCAGAUGUUGUAGUAUAUUUUGUGACGCUUUUAUUACACACAAAAUGAGGUACUAUCCACACAUAAGGUAGCGGAACGGCAAAAGUGUGCUUAAAGACAAUGUAAGCACACUUAGACUGAGAUUCUGCUGAGAGACUUUACUAACAUAAAACUCAGCUGAGUGUUAGCUUUAAAUAAUCGUUAAUUUGGUUUUUAUAGUCAUUCGACAAUUGAAAUUAGCAUAAGCUAAGACAGCCCAAUACAAAAGUCAAGUUCGCGUUUUAUCACACUCUUUUUUACUAGUACUUACUUGUUUCUUUUACCAGUGGGAGACAGGAUGCCGGCUAGAUUAUGGGUGAAAAAUCCAUAAAAUCUGUGCGGCACUACAACAGCUGCACUCGUCACCUUGAGACAUAAGAUGUUAAGUCUCAUUUGCCCAGUAAUUUCACUAGCUACGGCGCCUAUUUCUGCCGUGAAGCAGUAAUGUGUAAGCAUUACUGUGUUUCGGUCUGAAGGGCGCCGUAGCUAGUGAAAUUACUGGGCAAAUGAGACUUAACAUCUUAUGUCUCAAGGUGACGAGUGCAGCUGUUGUAGUGCCGCACAGAUUUUAUGGAUUUUUCAAGAAUCCUGAGCGGCACUGCAUGUAAUGUAAUGGACAGGGUGCAUCAAUUACCAUCAACUUAACGUCCUGCUCGUCUCGUCCCUUAUUUUCAUAAAAUAAAAAACAAAACACUCGGUUAUGUUUUACGUAAGUAAAGUCUAAGUACAUGCUAUUAUAGAUCUCAGCCUAAGUCAUGACUGUCAACUGUCACGACUGUACGACUCAAAACUAAUGAAUAUUUUACAUUGCUGCUUAUUGUCCAAGAACACUUUAAGCAAAUGGAGUAAAUGCGGCAAUGUAUAGAUAUAGCAGUACAAGCUUAUUUUGUGGUAUGUUACAAGACCAUUCUGAUUUAUUGUGUGUAUAAAAAAAAUGGUGUAGAGUUCUAACAUCAUUGAUAAAGUAUUUAUUUAUUAUAUACUACUAUAACUCACGGACGAAUAAAAAAGUAAAGACUCCGUGUCACCUCACAAAACAGUGUAGCACCAAAACAAGCCGGUAAACGUGUAAAUACAUAGCCCCACGCAUACACUUACACUAAUACAAGCCGAUCGGCCGCCAUUACGAGAUUUGCCAUCGUCUAUGACAGAUCACAGACAAAAUAUUUUAAAAAUGCCGUUGUGCGUUGUGAAAAAUUGUAAAAACAAUAAUGUAAAAGUAUUUGUGGAUAUAUGAUUAUCUAAGGGAGAAAAAAUUGUAUAACUGGUAUACCCCGUAACCGCACACACACUAGCAUAAAGGUGCUUCAUUUGCUAAUAUCAAGGCGCGGAGCCCUUCUUUUUUUACUAGUCCGUGACUAUAACUAUACUAUACGUUCGCUGUGGCUACUGGGGCUAAACAUGGGGAUGAAAUUACUAUUUCAUUAAGUCAUCUUUUUAUAUAUUUAUAAGGAGCGUCUAUUAAAUUGAUUUUAUUUGUAUUUCUAAUUAAGAAAGAACAAGUCUACCUCAACGUAAUUUUAACGCAUUCGUACGUUUGUUGUAAGCCACUAGUGUGCGACGUAGUUUAGAAUAUUAUUGAUAUUUAUCUCAUAAAAAAUAUCCUUUAUAUAAUAACAUACUAUAUAAAUGUAUGUCUUUUAUAUUAAAACUCGUCCAUUAAUUAUUUAUAUGGAAAUAAGGGACGAGAAGUAAGGGGUUGAGUAUUUUUAUUGCAUCACUUAUCAAUUACCAUUAGCUGAACGUCCUGCUCGUCUCGUCCCUUAUUUUCAUAAAAAAAUAUACACAUUUUAUGAUGAUGUUAUAAAAAUAUACUAUUACUAAACAAUUUGUUAUGUUUUCAAAGUGAUAACCUUCGCUUCUAGGGUUAAUACACAAAUAAAAUUUGAAAAAAAAAAAUUAUGAACGAUGCGGGACUGAAGCAUGACGCCACAACCUGAGAGUUGAACAAAGCAUGCAAGAUUUUAUAACGAUACGUCACUCGAACGCUUAGCUCAGUUGGUUAGAGCACCGGCACGGAACGCCGGAGGUCUUGGGUUUGAGUCCCGCAUCGUUCAUAAAAUUUUAUUUAUAUAUUAUUACAUCAGAGGGCUACAAGUGCCCCGAUUUGAACGCAAUUAAUGUUAAAUUGAACGUCCAUAUUAACCAACAUAGAUACUGCGUGAAAAAAGUGAAAAUUUGGAAGGCAGCCUUUAAGAAGACUCAAGGUAACUUUUUCGUAAUACCUGUGUGUUGGUAAUGUGAGAUAGAACUAAAAUAAUCUAUGUUUAUAUGUAGUGAUGUGCUAUUAUUCUCGACUAUUAGUUAUAGAAGAUAAUAAUAUUAAAUAAAGCCUUGUAAUUCUUUCAAUUAGGUAUAUUUUUUUAAUAAAAACAGUCUUCUCAAUGUCUGUUUAUAAUUGAUUCCUAAAAUGUAAUUAUUUUAAGUGCCAUAAUAUUUUUGUUUCAAUCAACUAUGUAUUUUUUUUUAUUUUAAUUGAAUUAUUACAGAAAUAAUUGUAUUCGUGGUCUUAUAAUAUAAUGAAAAUUAUAUAUUUUUUUAAAUAAUAACUCUGUUAAAAACCUUUAUAAAUAAUAUUAGCAACUUUUUAAAUAAUAAUUAGGGUUUCGUGUACUAGUGUUACAUAGAAUUAUAUCUAAUUUACUGCUUUCAAGCCUAUUGUUAUUGCCUGUGCUCCUCGCACGUACGCUUCAACAUGACAGACGAGUUCUGUCGAUAUUGUGCGCUCGCUUGCACUCACUGUUUUGUCUUUAUGGACCCACUACCGAUGUAAGAAUGGUGUAAAGCUACCUGUCCAUUGACGCGAAGCGUGCAAGUGGAGUUAAAAGAAAUACAGUCUAUUAAAGCGGAGCUAAUCUUACUUGAAAAUUAACGUUAAUUUAUUUUUAAUAUAAAUGUAUAUUAAUAAAUCUAUUUUUAAUAAAUGAGAGAGAAUUACAGGGUUAGUAGAUGGAUAGCGUUUCUCCACUAUUAUUCCUUGCACUGUGCUGUGUAUGAAUUUUAUUGUUAUUCAGUAAAUCCACGUCCAUUUAAGGUGAAUUUUAGAUUUUAUGCAAUGCUAUUUGUAAAAUUUGAGCAGUGUUAUUCUUCCCCACCAUUCUCCACUUCAGUGUACAAGCACCCUCAGAAAGCGCGAUUAGUGAUUGUCGGAUCGUCGCACAGCUUAUAAAUGGCAUCAUUAAAAUAUAUUCACUUCAGACAUUAAAAGUUUUACGGUUGAAAUAAAUAAAAUAAUUUCACUGAUAAUAUCAGAGCAGCUGCCUGUCAUGACAAACAGCAUAUAAUAUAUUACUGUUAAUGUGAAAAAAUAAAUGUAAAAUGUAUCUAGUCUAAAGAAUGAAUCUUUUUAAGCAUGUUUGUUUAUGUACGCUAUUUCAGACAAAUUGUCUAUUUAUAUUUACUAUGUUUUUAUCUUAUUGAAUAGUUUUUGAUGUACAAAAAAAUAAAAAAAUAAUCGUUUUUUC